CUCUGUGUUCCAAGGAAGAUGGCGCGUCAAGUAAACUCUCAGAGAAACCAAGAGGAAGCGGUCAUUGACCUAGCCUGGCCAAACGAGGCGUGGUCGGACGUUACCAAAGAGAUUUUCCACCAGUUGAAUGCUGGGACGGAAAAUGGCGACUGGACGCGUCAUCCGGGAUAUCUCCGGACAGGAGAAAGGCGUCUGUACUGUAGGAAUAUUUCGGAACAGGGAAAAGGGUUCGAGUACGCCAUUUUUAUCAAUAAAAGGGAGCAGCGAGCGACAUGUGUGUGUCAGUUCGGGCCAUACUUGGAAGGACCGCCGAGCCAUGUGCAUGGGGGCGCUGUUGCUACAAUGCUUGACACAGUGAUGGGUACCUGUGCAUAUAACGUUCUGGAAGGUUUUCACUUGACAGCAAAUCUCAACAUUAACUACAAAAAGCCUGUUCGCUUAGGAUCUACCGCCAUUUUUCUCGCCAAGGUGGACAAACAGGAAAACCGGAAGGCUUACCUCUCUGCCUACGUCACUUCCGCUGACGGGAGCACCACACUCUGCGAUGCCACGUCACUUUUUGUCCAACUCUCACAAGAGCAGAUGGAGAAAGCCAAGAAGUACCUACCUCAAGAUUCUCACAAUGAUUAAGUCGUAAAGGCUGAAAUGGCAGUUGUAUAAGGAGACAUAAUACAUUAUAGGCUGCUUGCUGUCACAUGACGUAUGUACUGUCCGCCAUGUUGGAUGCUUAAACCCGGAAGUUGGCCGAUAAACUGGAUUUCAAUCGUAUGAUGUAAUUAGUUACAUACACUGUGAUUUCAUGGUUAUUACAUAAUACAUAUACGAAUCUAUAGAUUUAAUACUUCUAUGAACGCUACAAUGUCAGAGACAAAUUACUUAAUGAUAAUUCC